CUUUAUCUCCCUCUCUCUCUAGUCUCACUCCUCUGCCAGCAGACUCUCUCUCCCCCCACUCCUCACGGGCACACCGAAACCGAGCAAGGCUCGCAUCACCACAAGACACCAAGACUAGACAGCUCAGGCUUCCCCAACGCGCUUUCCCCUUUCCUCCUCUCGCCGCCGCCGCUGCCUGCAUUUCGCCGAGCACCUCCGCCCGGCGGCCAUGGCGAAGCUCGCGCUGGCGCUGCUGCUGCUCCUGGCCGUGGCGGCCACGGCGUCGGCCGCGGCGUCCAUCGACCUGGACCUGGGCUUCCUGUCCUCGGGCGGCGCCGGCGCAGGGGCCCGGAGGGAGUGCCGCGGCACGGUGGCCGAGUGCCUGGCCGAGGACGAGGAGGCCGAGCUGGGGUCGGCCUCCGCCGAGUCGCACCGCCGCGCGCUCGCCGGCCGCGGCUACAUCAGCUACGGCGCGCUGCGCCGGGACAACGUGCCCUGCUCCCGCCGCGGGGCCAGCUACUACAACUGCCGCCCCGGCGCGCAGGCCAACCCCUACCACCGCGGCUGCUCCCGCAUCACCCGCUGCCGCGGCUGAGCUGCGGCUGCCGCUGCCGCUGCUGCCGGGCCGGCCGGCCGCUCCCUCCUCAUGCGCCAUCCGCCGCCGGAUCCGCCGACGGGAGCGGGGAAAGCCCGGAUCUUUCGCCGCUCUUCCUCCCCCGCCGUCUCCUCCGAGUCCUAAAAAAAUAAGUUCUUUUUUUCUACUGCUACUGUUUACAAGUACUAGAGCUAUGGAUUUGUUGGUUGCUGCUGUAUGGAUUUGUGUUCUUUGUGCUGUUGUAAAGUAAGACAUCGAUCGAUUGAUUCGUGCCCCUAUGGCUACUUAAAUAUGAACAUAUACUCUUAUUCUUUUGAUUGA